AUGGGAAAGACCAGCAACACAUCCCUGGACUCUGUGAUGACAGAUUUCAUUCUCCUGGGCUUAUCUCACCCCCCGAGGCUGAGGAUUCUUCUCUUCUUGGUCUUCUUCAUCAUUUACAUCCUGACUCAGCUGGGCAACCUCCUCAUUUUGCUCACUGUGUGGGCUGACCCAAAGCUUCACACUCGCCCCAUGUACAUUCUCCUGGGCAUGCUCUCAUUCCUGGACAUGUGGCUCUCCUCCGUCAUCGUUCCUCGGCUAAUAUUGGAUUUUACUCCCGCCAGCAAGAGAAUCCCGUUUGGGGGCUGUGUGGCUCAACUGUAUUUCUUUCAUUUCCUGGGCAGCACUCAGUGCUUCCUCUACACCCUGAUGGCCUAUGACAGGUACCUGGCAAUAUGCCAGCCCCUGCGCUACCCCAUGCUCAUGAAUGGGAGGUUAUGCACCAUCUUUGUGGCUGGAACUUGGGUGGCUGGCUCCAUUCAUGGGUCCAUCCAGGCCACCCUGACAUUCCGCCUGCCCUACUGUGGGCCCAACCAGGUGGAUUACUUUAUCUGUGACAUCCCUGCAGUAUUGAGACUGGCCUGUGCAGACACAGCUGUCAAUGAGCGUGUGACUUUUGUGGACAUCGGGGUAGUGGCUGCCAGUUGCUUCAUGUUAAUUCUGCUCUCCUAUGCCAACAUAGUCCACGCCAUCCUGCAGAUACACACUGCUGAUGGGCGGCGCCGAGCCUUCUCCACCUGCGGCUCCCACCUAACCGUGGUCACAGUCUACUAUGUCCCCUGUACUUUCAUCUACCUUCGGGCUGGCUCCAAGAGUCCCCUGGAUGGGGCAGUGGCUGUGUUUUACACUGUUGUCACCCCAUUACUGAACCCCCUCAUCUACACACUGAGGAACCAGGAAGUGAAGUCUGCUCUGAAGAGACGAGCCUCAGGUAGAGGGGCUGGGAGUGAAAAUAAGUAA